AACUUUACAGAACUUGCAAGUCACUUCCUCAUUAUUAUAUUCAUCUCCCUCUGCAUGCAGAGAGAUGCUCAUUUUUUUUUUUCUUUUUUGAUAUUUUUAUAUGUUGUAUUCCAUUUUUGCCCUUGGGUUUGGUCCUCAAAAUCCCCCUCUUCUCCAUCUUCCCCAUUCUCCAUCGAGCACAUUUUCUUUUCUUCUAUCUUCUUCGUUACUGAUUCUUCUGCAAUUUUACUUGCUUCUCUUUCUCUCUCGAACAACGAGUUUUUUGUUUGAGUUUGAGAGAGAGAGAUAGAGUUUUGGUGUUUUGGUGUUGUAUUUUGUUGAGGUUAUGGAGCUGAACAAGUUUCUGAUCGGUGGAUAUUUUGACGGUGGAGUGGGAGAAUUUUCGCCGGAGAAGACGAAGGCUGCGGAACAUUUCACCAUUGAUGACCUACUUGACUUUUCUAAUGAAGAUGCGAUAAUGACAGACGGUUUCUUCGAUUAUGUAGCGGGAAGUUCGACGGAUUCCUCAACCGUUACUGCAGUUGAUAGCUGUAAUUCCUCUGUAUCUGGUGGUGAUCAUCAUCAUUUCCAUGGAAAUAUCGGCUCUCGGAGUUUCGACGAGUCUCAAUUCUCUGGAGACCUUUGCGUUCCGUGCGAUGAUUUAGCGGAACUCGAAUGGCUCUCGAACUUCGUUGAAGAUUCAUUCUCCACGGAAGGGAAAGAUCUUCAAGCGCUUAAUUACCUUUCUAAUGGUCAUUCGAUUUCCAAGCCUCAAACUCCAGAAACUUCAUCUUCCUCGGAAGUACCGCCUUCCGUAUCAAUUCCCUCCGAUUCCUCGAAGAACUCGCCGCGUUUCCCUGCCGAAACGCCGCUCCCUUGCAAAGCUCGAAGCAAGCGAUCGCGAAUCGCUCCUUGUGACUGGACCACACGCCUCCUCCACCUCCUAUCUCCGGCUGAUUCUAAACCGCCGAAAUCAUCUUCGUCGAAGAAGAAAGACGCUUCGAACGGAGAUUCCUCCGGCCGGAAAUGCUUGCAUUGUCAGGCGGAGAAGACUCCUCAAUGGCGGACUGGACCUAUGGGCCCUAAAACACUCUGCAACGCUUGUGGCGUUCGGUACAAGUCCGGACGGUUAGUUCCGGAGUAUCGGCCGGCAGCGAGUCCGACGUUCAUAUCGGCGAAACACUCGAAUUCUCACCGGAAAGUUCUGGAGCUGAGACGGCAGAAGGAGCUUCAAAUUGCGCAACAGCAACAGUUCAUAAAUCAGAGUUCAAUUUUCGGAGUAACGAACGGUUGUGAUGAGUACUUGAUUUCUCAUCACAUGGGCCCCAGUGUUAGGCAUAUGAUCUAGUGGAUGCUAGUGUAGCAUUCUUACCAUGGACUUCAUAAUUUCGCAACCACUUUUUUUCCUCCUUUCCUUUUUGAGUCCAUUUUGCUCGUAUCAUAUAAAGAAAAACAGAGGAGUUGGCAAUUUCUAUUUCAUCACCAUUUUAAAAAUUGAAGAUAAAAAUGUAGAACUUGAAAGAAACAGAAAAAAAUAUAAUAAAUGAUUUUUUUUUAAGGAAAAAAAAAAAAGCGAGUGGUUGGAAAAAUAGGGCUUUGAUCGAUUUUAAAGAUAUUACAAAAAUAUCCAUUCCAAA